AAGCUGUAAUACACAACAACAGCUGGCAUCCUACCAGUACAUCUGUAUUCACGGAUCUAUCUAUCUAUUUAUGUAUCUGCUGUUGCAGCAUCACAGCAGGAAAUUUUUGGACUUAUUCGGUUGGAUUUAGCAUGGAUACUCCUGAUCACUACAGAGGGUAACAGAAUUUUCCGGGCUCUGUGGACUACAAGGAAAGUUUGUGUCUGCAGAAUCUUCGGGCAUCCCGUGUUGGAAACUUCAUCUGGAAAACUGCUUUUGCGGAAGACACCUUAAGACAGUGAGACCUAGCCGGUCCUAACUUUUCUUGAGCUUAUUGGAUAUACACUUGACAAGUUAUCAUCAGUCAUCAUCAACGGCCUCAGUGAUGAGUGAACAGACAAGGGGCCAUGUCCCUCCAUCAUUAUGCCAAGGCUCAGGUCACCUAACUGCCCUGCAUCAAAGUUCCAUGGUGGGGAACAGUGAGACCAUGGCAGCACUGAUUCAGGGAGGCUGUGCUGUGGACCUGCAGGACAGAGAUGGCAACACUGCGCUCCAUGAGGUGUCCUGGCAUGGAUUCUCACAAUGUGUCAAACUACUGGUCAAAACAGGAGCUGAUGUACACAUCAAGAACAAGGCAGGAAACACAGCCCUUCACCUGGCAUGUCAAAACGCACACGCUGAGACCACUCGCCUUCUGUUGCUUGGAGGAUCCACACCGGACACCAAGAACAAUAUGGGUGACACCUGUUUGCAUGUGGCUGCCCGCUACAACAACCUGACCCUGGUGAAAAUGCUGCUGAGUUCACUGUGCUCUGUGACAGAGAGAAACCAGGGGGGAGACACAGCUCUUCAUGUAGCUGCAGCUCUAAACCAUAAGAAAACAGUUCAGCUCUUACUGGAUGCUGGGACUGAUUGUAAAAUCAGAAACAAAGCAGGGAAAACAGCCCUGGACAAGGCCAGAGACAAUAAUCACAAAGAGGUGGCGCUUCUCCUGGCCAGAGCUCCUCAGAUACAACACUUCCUUAAAGGAAGAACAGUAAGGAAACGAAGAGUAAAGCUGGCAGCAAAACAUAGGAUCCAGUCUGCCAGCCGAGUAGAAACACUACCACACAAAGACAGACUUUCUGUGGUGGCGAAAACUACCAGCAGGACAGCGGUCAAGGAUUUGGAUGAAGAUGAUGACUUCCACGCUAAGAAGGAUCUGCUUUGUGAUCAUGGUCGAGAUAGUUCCCAACAGAAUGGAAAAACCUAUCAGCUUUACACACUAUACCGUGACAAGGAAGGCAACAUUAGACAGGCACCAGCCAGUAGGUGCCACUGCAAGCCCCUGCUUAAGAUGCUGGAGGGCCAGCUGCAAACCAUGCAAGGGGAGAUGAGGCUGCACAUCCUGAAUGUCCAAGUGCAGGUCAACAGUAGGCUGGAAAAAAUGGACCGCAGGACCAGAAAUCAGAUUAAAGUGUUGGAUAUGCUGAACCAGGAAAGAGUGGCAGCAGAGAGGCAGAGCAUGAUUUGCAUGAUGGAACAGAAAGCUGCUGAGUGCAGAGAGGAAGCCCUGAUGUCACAGCAGGCAGCAGUGAAACAUAAACUGAAGAGGUGGUGUAUAUCUCACCUCAAAGGCAUGGAUGUCCACAUCCCAGCUGAAAGCCGGUAUUACAAAGUUCUGCCAUCACCAUUGGUGGAGCAGUCAGUGGCAGAAGCUAACUCAGAAUUAUUCCCCCUACUGUCUGGAGACAGCAACACUUCACUGGCUACAUAUGUCAACACCUUGCCAUCUCAAUCUACCUAUAGUAUGGGAUGCCCAGAGCAGGAGCAGAUGGGGAGCAGGACAUACUUUGAAAUGAAAGUGGACAGGUCACCAGAUGACUAUGAGAACACAGGCCUUUUUCCUCUGCCUGCCAAGUGUGAGGAGGCCUUCUCAAGUAGCAGCAAGCAAUCCUGCAUCAGCGACCCUGGAUCCAGUCAGAUCCCACAUCAGGAACACAGCUUUAGCAGACAACACAAAAAACACUUUGGAGUGUUGAUGAGUGCCAGCAGCCAUGCAGGAAUAUAUGCUGACAGCACCACAACACAUGACUGCUUCAUUGAUCAUACCUCUGAGCCUACAUUUAGCAAGGAAAGGAACAAUCUGCACACUAUGGAGGUGACUCAGCGUUUCUUUGAGACAGUGUCAACUCAGCUGGAACGUUGGUGUGAGAGAAAGAUCUUAGAGGUGGAGCAGCAGACUGAGCUCAGAGCCCAACAGGACCGGAAGAAGCUACUGGAGCGAAUCAGCAUGCUAGAGGAGGAGCUUCAAAGGCUGAAGACCAAUUAAAAUGUAGCAAACUGAUGCACUCUGACAGGGAUCAAUGCUGGAGGGAGACAAUGCUUUCAACUAGGCUGGAAAAUUAAACCCCAAAAACAUAUUUAAACAAAUAAAUAAGUAUGUAAAUACCAUUAGUAACAUUGUGUAAUAUUACACAUAUAUCACAUGGAAUACAUUUUUGCAAUGGAUAGAUUACUGUGAUAAAGAAUUGGUUUGGGUUAAUGUGUGAAAGAGUGUGGAAGGGUAUAAAAUGAUGAAGGAGAUUUGUGCUGAUGAGCAAUGUUGAGUCAAUCCACUAGUUGUGAGAGUUCUAUCUAGAAUGACAUCACCUAAGUCCACACAAGGAUAUUAAGACCAGCAUGUGUGUGAGUUAAAGUCUGGCGGUAACAAACAAACAAAGAGACUGAACAAAGUCCCACACACACUGCUCAGCUGUCAGUCAGGCAGCUGGGUGGAGAUGAAGUCGGUGUUGGUUGUGUAACCCAAUGAUCCUGGUGUGACAUCUGGCAUUUGGCCUCAGCAACCACAGCUGUAGCUUCUGAAGGGGAAAUCAAAUCAAUGCUCCAUUGACUGUCAGAGCACGAUGGAAACCUAAUUAAAGCCCCUAAAGGCACAGCUGGUCAUUUUUUUGCAGCCAAGCAGCAGGGCUCUAAAAUCAAGCUAGUAAUAUGCACUAUUGCUUUGCUCUGUGUAGUGACAGAGAGGAUCUGUUGGCAAACAUGUAUGUGAGACAAGACUUUAACUUUGAGAGGAAAGUAAAAAUGAAUUCAGUUGAAUGACACAAUGUGACAUCAGAUUAUGUUACAGCAGUUUUCCCAUUAAUUUCAUUAAUAAAUGGACAACCUCUGCAAAA